AUGGAGGACGUUCGGCUUCAUGCUACGAGCCCGGUGGAGAUAUUCCGUCUCGACUUGGGAUCUUCUACCUCCCAGGAGGCUAUCAUAACUGAUGUGAAGCACUUGGCUUCUUACCACUGGAUCGACGCACCCACACCCACCAUUGCUGUCCCGGGUAGUCCCGCACUGUGGUCACCUCCGGAGGGUUCCCGACCGGUGAAGAAAGAUCAUGGUCUGGUUUACAUUGCUCAGAAUGCCGCCCGCCUUCCAGAUAGCCCUCUGGAACCGAUGUUUCGCUCACUUUACAUUGAGCAACCAUCACUUGACCUGGACUCGAUUGACGUUGUUACCGACCGAAACAACAUUCGAAAGCUCUUCGUAGAGAUGGCCGCUCAAACUGUGAUCUUUUGCCGUGAAGAAACCGCCACCUACGAAGUGAUUAAACCUGAAGACUUCCGCGGCUUUGGUCACGAGUUUGAGAAAGCAUACACUACCUCUCACAUCAAGAACAGCACCAGCCACCAUCGCAUCAUUUCUUACAAACUGGGUGGCCUACACUUUCUCGUUUGCCAUGAGACAGAUGGUUUUAUUGGUGAUAUGACAAAAACUGGUGGCAGUCUCGCAAACAUUAUGGACUCGCUGGCUAUCUCGCCGGAAACAAACCCAACAGAAAAAGCCUCUUCCCUUUCAAAAUUGAGGAUCAAGAGGGACGGACAGACAGUGCCACGUGAGAAAACCUUGGAGAUCAAAACUCGGGCCGUCAACAAACCUCUACAACGGUGA